GAUGAUAACCGCAGCAUUAGUUGCGUUGAGUGGUUCUCUUGCGAGUGUCCUGUAAGCUCGAUUUGUUAUAUUAUUGGCAACGAAAAUAAUCAGGUGCAAAUUAAUUUAUCAUUCGUUGUUUGUGAUGACCAAUAUUCUACAGGAUCUGUUUCUAUGGCUUUCAAUAUUUGGAAUAGCAUCAUCACAGGAUCCAGUAGAUCAUUGUAUAAACACAAAAGGCAAACAUGGAAAAUGCGUGCACAUCGAUUAUUGCCCUGAGCUUCUAGAAAUUGCCCAGAAAAGAGUAGUUUCUGCACACGACAGUCAAUUGCUGAAAUCUAAUUCCUGUGGCAAGGCCAUGGUAUGUUGUUCGCAAUCAAUGACAGAAACAAAAGUCAAGAAAAUGACACUUCCGGACAUCGAUGUUUGUGGUUUCAACCACGUAAGCGAUAGAAUCAUCGGAGGUACGGAAACUGAAUUGGAGCAAUACCGCUGGAUGGUUGUAAUUGAGCGUUUAGAAGCUGGCACCCGCGAAGUGAUCUGUGGAGGAUCUCUUAUAAAUACUUUGUAUGUUCUUACCGCCGCGCACUGUUUCAAAGGCUUGACGAAGGCAGAAGAUUUGAUUCUGCGACUUGGAGAACACAACUUGUCAUCGGAUCCAGAUUGUGACUCGUCAAAUAACUGUAAUGCCCCUGUUAUUUACGCAAACGUCAGUCAGAUAAUAAAUCAUCCGAAUUACAGAAGUGAGCGCAAUGAUGUGGCGCUUCUCAAACUCGCCACACCAAUUGAAUAUACGAACUAUGUACUGCCAAUCUGUUUGCCCGUUCUGGCAUCCCAACAGAAAGAGUUCUUGAAUAAACAUGUUUUCGCGGCCGGAUGGGGCACUAAUGGAACAGGUGAAGCAUUGAGCAACAUCAAAAUGCACGUGGAGCUCAAGAUAACCAACCUGGAUGAAUGCGAGAUAUUAUUUCGAAGCGAACCUGGUGAAAUGCACCUUUGUGCUAAAUCCUCUACAGACGAGGUUGGAGAUACAUGUGACGGGGACUCUGGAGGGCCUUUGAUGAUUGAACUGCAGGGUAGUUGGUUCCAAGUUGGAAUAGUUAAUUUUGGAUUGCCGUGCGGUUCAAUUUUUCCCGCUGUGUAUGCCAGGGUUUCCCACUUUAUGGAAUGGAUACAAGACAAUUUGUUAGAAUAAAAGUUGAUUUCUAUCAACAACCUGUGGUGUAAUUUAUUAAAAAUAUUAAUGACAUGCAAUUACUUGAAAAAUAAAUAAAUUUUUGACAUUGU